AAAGUACCUGGGAAAGGGUUGGCGAAGGCCCUGAACGCCUGCGACUGACUCGAGGCUCUAGCUGGGGGUCGGAAAAAAGCAACGGGACUGUCCCUCUCAGUUCGCGGCACAAGGAGGUUUCCCCCCAGACAGAAAGCGGUCCCACGACCUACAGGACCGCGGGGAAAGAAAAAGCCCCUCGCAGUCAGCCGUUGGGCUGGGGAUGCCUGGACUAACGGGGAGGGGGCGUGUCGGCAGCCGUUAGAUCCGCCCCUCGCCUGCAGGGAGGCUCUACGGCGGGGCGGGGGGGGGGGGGGGUGUCCCGGCCUGGGACAGCCCCCGUCCCGCCUCCUCCCUCCCGCGCCCUGCCCUUCUUCACCAGAGACUGGGGCUCUGCCCCCCACUCUGACCAAAGAUGGCGCUGAGAGUUGUGUCCGUGCUGAAGCGAAGGCUCGGCGGCCCGGGCCAGAAGCUCCUUCGCUCAGGAAACCUUCUCUCUGCUACUCAACACCGAUGGGAGAAAAUGCCAAGUUCCGUAGGCUUCCCAGUAACAUCAAGAAGAUCGUUUAGUAAAACUGCACUUAUUGUGGAUGUGGAUCAUAAUCUUGGGAUUGCUACAAUGAAGAUGAACAAUCCCCCAGUGAACAGCUUAAGUCUGGAAUUACUAACAAACUUUGUAAUAGACUUGGAGAAGCUGGAAAAUGAAAAACGUUGCAGAGGCUUAAUCAUAACAUCCGCUAGCCCCAAAAUCUUUUCUGCUGGCCUGGAUAUUACUGAGAUGUAUGGGAAGAGUUCAGCCCACUAUGCCGAGUUCUGGAAAGCAGUGCAGGAGCUGUGGCUGAAGCUGUACAUGUCUAACAUGGUGGUGAUAGCAGCGAUCAAUGGAUCAAGCCCUGCAGGAGGCUGCCUGAUUUCCUUAGCUGGUGACUACCGAAUCAUGGCGGACAAUCCCAAGUAUACCAUUGGUCUGAAUGAAACGCUGCUGGGCAUUGUGGCGCCCUUCUGGUUUAAGGAUACCCUUGUAAACACGAUUGGGAACAGAGCUUCAGAGCAUGCCCUUCAGCUGGGAUUGCUCUUCUCUCCCACUGAUGCCCUCAGAGUGGGCAUUGUGGAUCAGGUAGUGCCAGAAGAUAAGGUGCAGGACACAGCACUCAAUGUGAUGUCUCGGUGGCUUUCUAUUCCAGACCAUGCUCGACAGCUUACCAAAACCAUGAUGAGGAAACCUACUGUGGACCGACUAUUGAAGCAGCGAGAGGCGGAUAUUAAGAACUUUGUCAGCUUUAUAUCCAGAGACUCCAUCCAGAAGUCUCUUCACAUGUAUAUGAAGCAUCUUAAAGAACGAAAAGAGUAGUUUAGGCUCCUGACACAGGAUGUAGAGCUGGGGACACUCGAGUAAUGCCACCUGCAGACUCUACAAGCCAUUGUUGGGUAACUAUAGAUUUUGAAAAUAGAGUCUUUUUCAAGAUAAAAAUAACUUUCAUUAUUCGUUCUUGGUUUGUUGAUCGGAUCAGAAGAUCUUGUCCCCUUUUUCCUGACCUCCUCUGUCCCCCUCAGUAAUUUUAGCCCAUUCCCCCCCCCCCCCAGAAGGUACUUGGGUAGGUUCUGAAGAAACUUGACUGAUGAUGUGGAAAGGAAGUCUUGUGUUCUGAGCAACCCUUUACCUGGGAAUCAUGAGUCGUGGGUUGACUGGAACUUUGACAUUGAACUCCUCUGUGAGGGCCCACCUUUGCUCAAAGAGAAUUGUGAAUAAAAGUCCUGAACACUUUUGCUCCCCUGCCUCAGGCUGCCUGUUUGCUAGUGGUGAGAUGCAGUUGUACAGGGAACCAGUGAGCUGCAAAGCUCACUCCCCCGUGUUCAUGGUGGAAAUGUGUUUUCCAUACCAAUAAGACUUUUCAAAUAAACAACUUUUCUGCAUCCUUA